AGAGGGAGACGUUGUGUGGCGCGCCCGGCGGGGAGUCCCCCUGCUCAGAGGCGCGGCGGGGAGGCCGGGCCCGGCUGCCGGUGGGCAGGCCGGCGCCGCGGAACCGGAGCAGCGCCUUGGGCCGGCCGGUCCUCUCCGCCCGCGCCUCCCGGCCCCAGACGUGUGAGACCGACCCGCCGGCUCCAGGGCUCCGAAGCCGGAGAGCGAAGCGCGCCAAGAGACAAGAAUGGCUGCAGGAGUGUUGCCGCAGAGUGAACAGCCAUAUUCCAUGCUGGUGAAUGACAGUGGGCAUGCUGCACACAUGGACGAAAAUUCAGGACGCCCAACUCCAAAAUACACAAAGGUGGGAGAACGUUUGCGGCAUGUCAUCCCUGGGCACAUGGCAUGCUCCAUGGCCUGUGGUGGGAGAGCGUGUAAGUAUGAGAACCCAGCCCGCUGGAGUGAGCAGGAGCAAGCCAUUAAGGGAGUUUACUCAUCCUGGGUCACUGACAAUAUCCUGGCCAUGGCUCGUCCGUCCUCUGAGCUGCUGGAGAAGUAUCACAUCAUCCAGCAGUUCCUCAGUCAAGGCAUAAAAACAAUAAUCAACCUGCAGCGUCCUGGGGAGCACGCCAGCUGUGGGAACGCUCUGGAACAAGAGAGUGGCUUCACGUACCUUCCUGAGGCCUUCAUGGAGGCUGGGAUUUAUUUCUACAACUUCGGGUGGAAGGAUUAUGGCGUGGCUUCCCUCACUGCCAUCUUAGACAUGGUAAAGGUCAUGACAUUUGCCUUACAGGAAGGAAAAGUAGCUGUCCACUGCCAUGCAGGGCUCGGGCGAACAGGUGUGCUAAUAGCGUGUUAUUUAGUUUUUGCAACAAGGAUGACUGCUGACCAAGCAAUUAUAUUUGUGCGGGCAAAACGCCCCAAUUCUAUACAAACCAGAGGACAGCUACUCUGUGUACGGGAAUUCACUCAGUUUCUGGCUCCACUUCGUAAUAUUUUCUCUUGCUGUGACCCUAAAGCACAUGCUGUUACCUUAGCCCAGUACCUGAUUCGCCAGCGUCAUCUGCUUCAUGGUUAUGAGGCACGACUUCUGAAAUAUGUGCCAAAGAUCAUCCACCUAGUUUGCAAACUGCUGCUUGACUUGGCUGAGAACAGGCCAGUAGUGAUGAAGAGCAUGUUAGAAGGACCUGAACUCUCUGCUGAAAUCGAAAAGACUGUGUCUGAGAUGGUCACAAUGCAACUAGAUCAAGAGCUACUGAGGCAAAACAGUGAUGUGCCUGACCCUUUUAACCCCACUGCAGAGGUGGCCGAGUUAGAGAAUCAGGAUGCGAUUCUUUCUAAUGAGCAUGAGUUUGACCCCCUCUGGAAGAGGAGGAAUAUUGAGUGCCUUCAGCCCCUGACACAUCUGAAAAGGCAGCUCAGCUAUAGUGACUCAGACUUAAAGAGGGCCAAAGCCAUCCUGGAGCAAGGGGAGACACCUUGGACAGUGCCUGCCCAGGAGCUGCUAGACCAUAGUCUCCAGCAUCAGAAGCCCACCAGCCAUUGUUACAUGCCACCGACUCCAGAGCUAGGUUUUAAUAAGGAUGCACUGGUUCAAAAUACAUUUUCUUUCUGGACUCAGUCAAAGUGUGAAGGCUUAGAAGGACUCAAGGAUGAGGGAUCACUGCUUUUGUGCAGGAAGGAUAUUCUGAAGGAAGUACAGCGGAGCAGAACCUUCUCUGUAGGUGUUUCCUGUUCACACAAUCCUGGAGAACCAGUGCCACCCAACUUCACAAGUAUCCAUAAGGAUCCAGAGCAAGUCACCCACUGCCGAUGUGAGGCUGCUGGUGGUUGGGUUCCAGGCCCUGUUCAGGAGACGGGCAGGAGCCCCUGCAGCCCUCUGAACUGUGGCUCCAGACCAAAGGUGCAGUUCCCAUAUGGACAGGAAACCCAGGACAGCACACACCUGUCUGAGGCAGUGCCACAUGCUGGUCUGCAGCCUGACCUGAGUGCUGAAGCAAGGCGAAUACUGGCAGCCAAAGCCCUGGCAAACUUAAAUGAGUUUGUUGAAAAGGAGGAAGUGAAAAGGAAAGUGGAAAUGUGGCAGAAAGAACUAAAUUCCCGAGAGGGAGCCUGGGAACGAAUAUGUGGUGAGAGAGACCCUUUCAUCUUGUGCAGUUUGAUGUGGUCUUGGGUGGAGCAACUGAAAGAGCCUGUAAUCACCAAAGAGGAUGUGGACAUGUUGGUCCACAGACAAGCAGAUGCUGCCGAAGCCCUGUUUUUACUAGAGAAGGGGCAGUACCAGACCAUCCUCUGUGUGCUGCACUGCAUAGUCAGCCUGCAGACGCUUCCAGUGGAACUGGAGGAAGCUUGCCUUUCACACGCCAUUAAAGCUUUCACCAAGGUUAAUUUUGAUUCUGAAAAUGGACCAAUAGUUUACGAUACCUUGAAAAAAAUAUUUAAGCACACGUUGGAAGAAAAGAGAAAACUGGCAAAAGACAGCCCGAGGCCUGGCCUCUCCUGAGGCUUUCUUCUCUGGACAAGCCUCCAACUUAAGCACCCCUCCCUCCUAAGGGUGGCUCUUCUGCUCCGCGUGGACCAUUGCUGGCUGUGCUUCCCCUCCGUCCCUUGUCAGUUCUGUCUCCUGUGCCGAGAGUGACUGUUUGGUUUUGUUUUGUUUUUUGUUUUUUUUUUUUUGUUAUUUAUUUUAAAAUAUCUUUGAGCUGUGUCUUGAAAAGUUGCCAUGAAGUUGGUGCCACUUUAUUUAUUUACUGAAUUGAUAUCAUUGUGUUGACGUUUUAAGUAUAUCUGUGUUCUUACUCUUUUUGACAUUUUGAAGAAAAAAUAUAACCCUUUCAAAACAGUUACUUUUUUUUUUUUUUUGACAAAACUCUUUGUGGCAUUUUUAUCAAAUAGAUCAUUUUAGUAGUAAAACCUCACUGUGUAUUCAUCCCAAGGCAUGUCUCCUCUCCCUCAGAGAUAUGACCUAAGAUAGUCACCAAGUGUCUUAAACUGUUUUAUAUUUGUUACUAAGAAGGCUAUUAAUACAUUUAAAUGACUUUUAAAAACUUUGAAGCUUUUUGUUUUUCUUUUCUUUUUUACAGAUGUGGCAAAAUCUUUCAAAGAAUAUUAUUUUCAGUGAUUCGGUGGUUCAGUUUACUUUAAUAGACUGACUGGAGUGGUUGGGAUUUUGUACCUAUAGAAAGGAGGCUUACUUAUUGUCAGGCUUCCACACAGUCUCUCCUUUGGCUGUCAGGGGAGGGAGCAGCUCUCAACCCAGAAACCUAUUCUGCUUCCCCAACCUGCUGCCAAGCCAGUUCACUGCUGUACAGAGAAACAGAGCAGAAGUGGCCAGUAUGAGCAGCUGCUAAGGACCAGAACUGGUCUUUGUUCUGCCAGGGACUAUGCAGAAAGGAGAGCAGUGCUGGGGGCAGGCUGCUAGCCAGCCCUGCUCUCUGGGGGCAGUAUGGUCAUCCUGCACAGGCCGCUCAGAGCUGGAGCAAGUCAGGCUGGCCACUUCUGUCAGGAAUGCUGCUGUUGCCACCUGGCCUGUGCCUAGCCCCGAGCUGCCCUUUAUAAGCCCACUUGCCUUGGCCUGCCUUGGCCUGCCUUGGCCUGCCUUGGCCUGCCUUGGCCUGCCUUGGCCUCUGACGCCUGCCGGUGGCUGUUUUGCUGUAAGGGUUAUAAUUUUUAAGUUGAAUUUGACCCCAGGUUGCACUCACCCUAACUGGCUUUAAAUAAGGACAGGUGACUGGUCAAACCUGUUCCUUUAGAUUAAACUAGUAAUCAGCAAUUGAGGUCUUAUUUAAACUAAAUUAAUACAUAGGCAUAGCAGAGCCCGUGCCAUAAUAGUUUUCUUGACUAUUCAAACUAAAGAAGUAACUCUUUGAUUCUCAGAAUUUUAGGAAACAUGCAAGACUGAAUUAGAAUAAAUGAAAUUUGUCUAACCCAUCCUUUCUGAAUUACAGUCUAGUGUAUCCAAGCCUGUUCCGGUCAUUAGCCUUGCCAACCCGAUGACAAAGGCCAGGUGCAGUUUCCUUCACCUUGGAUUUUCUUCUUGGGAAAGGAAAUCAGGUGGCAGUUAAUGAACCAGCUUGCCCAGUCCUGAAGUAUCUUUUUAAGUGCCUAGCCUAACAACAGGAAGUCCUUGCAUUCUGUGUACAUUCUAAGAGCUGCUGUUCAAAGAGAAUGCUUGUCUUCACCUCUUGUCAACCUUGAAUGGCAAGUGACACUGCGGACCCUCACCACCCUCCCUCCUGACAGCCAGCUGCGCCUGUGCGUUUGCAACACUUGUUUUAAGUUCUGCAACAGUCAUGCACUGACUCCAUUGCAUGUCAGAAAAUCCAAAUACAGCGGUCUGAGAAGACACGGUCAGGUUCUGUGCAGGUAUUGUGCUUAUCUGAAUAAAGGUGAAAAGAACCAACCA